GUGCACUUCCUUCUUUUGUUAUGCUGUGUUUUUUCUAUAAGGGCUCGCCUGCGCAAACACCAGGCGUGAAGAACACUUUCGCUAUGGUAGCUGAAAUGUCCAAGAUAACCAAGGGAGAGCGAAUCAUAGGCGACUUCUCUUAUCUUGAGGACAAACUGAGGUGUGAAGUAAACCUGUGGGAAACAACGGUGUGAGCCCCACUACCACUACAUGGACAGCGCUGCAGUGCUCAGGGAUUGUUGUAAAAUUCUUCAACUUGCAACAUCUCUUCGUCGUGGGCCAACUAACAGUCUGGAGAGGAGGUUGUGGGCUAUGCUUAGUCUAUUACCACAAUAGCGGAAGGUGUCAAAUGCGUCGCUGCCAAACAUCUAUCGUUCAAUCACCCUAACUGUUUUUUGUUUUGUCCCGUUACAUACACACCAGUCUGGGAAAUAAAUGGAAUUCGCAGAACAUAUUAAGACAGCAAACGUCGAGGAUGUUGUGUUGAAACAACCUUUCCACGCGCCGAUGAAAGGGACCCUGUGCGUAACCGGCCACCACCUUCUCUUCUCUGACAGGAGUGGAGACAGCACUUGGCAGCUGCUUUUAUUGCUUAGAAACAUCGAUGCCAUCGAGAAAAGUGUGGAAAACCUGUUGGGAUACUCCAGCCACACAAGCUCAAAUUUCAGGCCAGCUGUUUCCUCUGGCACCAUAACCGUUAAGUGCAAGGACUUAUGCAUUCUGCAGCUGGACAUCCCAGGCAUGGAGGAGUGUCUGAACGUGGCCAGCUCCAUCGAGACUCUCUCCUCGCUGGACAGUGUGACAGAGAUGUACCCAUUCUUUUACAGGCCGUCUGCUCUCAGUCUGGACGACCCAUGGGGCCUCUCUACCCCAGAGAAGCACUACGAUCAGUUAGGGGCUCUGCAGGUCAAGUGGAGGCUGAGUAAAGUGAACUCGGACUACUCCGUGUGUCCCUCGUACCCGCACUCGGUCAUAGUGCCCGAGUGUGUGGACGAGCAGGCACUGCUGAAGGCAGCUCGCUUUCGCCAGGGAGGACGCUUCCCCGUGCUCAGCUAUUAUCAUCAGAAGAACGGCAUGGUGAUCAUGCGCAGCAGCCAGCCUCUGACGGGAGCCAAUAGGAAGCGCUGUAAAGAGGACGAGCUCCUCCUACAGGCUGUGAUUGAUGGCUCAGAUAAAGGUUACGUCAUUGACACCCGCUCCACCCAGCAAGCCCAUCAGGCCAGGAUGACGGGGGGUGGCUUUGAGUCCAAGUCCUGCUACAACUCAUGGAAGAGAAUUCAUCGGCACAUGGAAAAGGGUAAGGUGCUGCAGGAGAGCCUCAUUAAGCUGGUGGAGGCGUGCAGUGAUCAGUCCCACAACAUGGACCGCUGGCUCAGCAAGCUGGAGAACUCCAAGUGGCUCUCGCAUGUCCACACGGCACUGUCCACCGCGGGGCUGGUGGCCGAGUGUGUGGAGAGGGAUGGCCACUCUGUGUUGGUGCAUGGUUCUGAAGGCACUGAUACCACCCUGUUGGUGUGCACACUGGCUCAGCUCAUACUGGAUCCGGACACACGCACUCUCCAUGGCUUUCUGUCUCUGUUGGAGAGGGAAUGGGUUCAGGCAGGCCACCCGUUCCAGCAGCGCUGUGCCCGCUCUGCCUACUCCCACGCCCGGCUGAGGCACGAGGCGCCCGUCUUCCUGCUGCUGCUGGACUGCGUGUGGCAGCUGAGCCGCCAGUUCCCCCUGGCCCUGCAGUUCGGGGAGCCCCUGCUGCUCAGGCUGGCCAAGGAGGCCUACGCCUCAGACUUUGGCACCUUCCUCUGCAACAACCAACAGGAACGAUGUGGCCUUGACCUGAAGGACCGGACUCACUGCUUGUUCCAGUUCCUGCUGCGGUCCAGUGUGAGAGAGCAGUACAUAAAUCCACUGUAUGAGUCCACAGACCUCGCUAUCUGGCCCUCUGUCCAGCCCCAGUCAUUGCAUCUUUGGACAGGCUUAUUCUUGCGGUGGACAGAUCACACACAAAUCAUGGAGGAGGCACGAGAGGAGAUCUGGAGCAUUGUCACAGAGCACUGUGGUCGGAGCUGAGAUCGGUGGAAGAGGCCAUGUACUAUGCACCCCUUAACCCUUUUGUGCAGAGUCUUAGGCUUUUCUUUUGCUUCAGGCAUGUACAUAGAAGUUUUAUCCUUUACCUCAGUGGUUCUUAACCUUUUUUUCUGAACGCACCCCCUUAGCUGUUCCCAAGACAAGUUGUGCACCCCCAUUCCAAAUGUCUAUACGUGUAUACGCACCAAAAAAUUAUUAAAGUGAUUAAUUACAAUGAUUCUUACUUUAGACAUUAAAUAAUACUUUAAUGAAUUUACAUGGGGACGAAAACAUUUUUAAAUUUGGUCUUAAUUUGGCCUAAUUAUAAUGGUUGGAAGCAGAAUUUUGGUCACAACCUCAACACAAACAGAAUUCUGCGCACCCCCUGAAAUCUCUGGCGCACCCCCAGGGGGUGCCCGCACCCCAGGUUAAGAACCACUGCUUUACCUG